AUAUUAUGUUUUUAAUAAUUAAAACUUUGAAGGAAAAUUAUUGAAUUGUAAAUAUAUAUAUAUUUAUUUACACAUUUUACAUUUUUAUACAAGGACAAAGCAGAUGGCGCCCGUUUUCAGAGCACAAAGGCAAAUCUGUAGUCAGAUUUUAACCUAAUUAUUUACAACAAAUGUCUGUAUUAGAUUGUGACAAUAUUGUUUAUGUAAUUUAUUGAUUGUAAUAGACUAAAAUGGAUUAUAAUUCUUUAGAUAUCAAUAGUUUAGUGAAGUAUUUUCUUUGCUGUACGCCAAUAAAUACGAUGAAUGCACAUAUUUCUGAACAUAACAUUGAUUGGGUUACUGAGUUUGAAAGACAACAAGAAAUUUUGGAAAAGACACUAAAUAGUGAACUGAUUAAAAAGUAUCCCAUAAAAAAAUCUUAUCAAAGAGCAUUUUUAAAAUGGCUCAUGACUAUGAUUGAGAAAAAAGAUGGUAUCAUACAUGAAAGUAUUUAUAUUACAUAUUGCAAUUUGGUAUCUUCAUCCUUUGAUGAAUCUAAUCAUUAUCGGCAUUUUAUAAUAGAUAAUGAAAAUACAGAUUGCAUUACCAUGUUAGAAAGUACAAAUAUUAUAUCAGAAGGGACUACAGGAUUAUGUAGCUGGCAGGGUGCUAUUGAAUUAAGCAACUGGUGUUUAGAAAGCAAAAAUGAAUUCUGUGAUAAAGUUAUUUUAGAACUUGGCUGUGGUGUUGGAUUAACAGGAUUAUGUAUUAUCAAGAAAUGUUUUCCAAAACAAUAUAUUUUCACAGAUUGUCAUGAGACAGUUCUUCAAAUGCUUUCUGAAAAUGUUAAGCUUAAUUUGUUACACAAUGAGGAAAUAAUAAAAUCACAGACAAGAGCCGACAGAUUAAAGUUGGAAGUAAAGUAUAAUUGCACAAAUGUAAAAAUAAUGGAAUUAAAAUGGGAAAAUAUUGACAAAUAUAUCAAUGAAGAUUGGAUCAUACCGAAUAUAAUAAUUGGAUCCGAUAUUUUAUACGACGUAGAUUCGUUUAAUGCAUUAGUGUUGGGUUUAAAAAUAUUUUUAUCUUUUAAUAAUACGUAUGCUAUUAUUGCAGCAACGAUUCGUAAUGCAGACACCAUUUUACAGUUUCUACAACAGCUAGAGAUUCAUAAUCUUUCUUUUGAAGAAUAUAGUGUAUCAAAGAGAAGAGUACAUAUGCAGUUUACAAAUUUACCUAUCAAAAUAUUAAAAAUUUUUCAAAAAAGAUGAUAAUUUAUUACUAGCAAAUUUAUUUAUAAAUGAAACACUAUCAUAAAUGUAUUUAAUAAAUACUUUCUUGUACAAAAUUCUAUUACAUUCCUUAUAAAACUUUUAGAUUUUUGUGCAUGAAAUUGUACAUAUUUCGCAAAUUAGAUAAAAUCAUAAAAAUGAGAAAAAAGAAUCUAAGCUGCUAGUCAAAUAAAAAGUACUGAGUUUUUGAAAUAAAAUCAGUGAAACGAUUGGUAUAAAAGAUAUACAUUGUAUUUCCUUGUUUUAUAUUAAUUCAUAAAUAUUUAAUUCGCAUAAACGUUAGAUUAUUUAAUUAAACGUCAAUUAAUUUGGUCAAGCCUUGAAGGUUUCAGUUGUAGCCUCUGAAUGAUAUACUCUGGCAUGCAGUAUGUUGGAUUAAUUUUUUUCAGAGGAUAAUCUGUAUUUAAAAGGGAAAGUGCAGUUAAACCAAAGAGAGUAUGAAAAGGAUCGGCAACAUCUCCCGGACGAUCGCUAAAUCCUCCUGAUUCUGCGUCCUGACAUGCCAGUACAAAUUUUACCUAUAUAUCGAAAUUAAAAUAAAGGCAUAAAUUGAAUUAAAUUUUUAUCUUUAAAAAUA